CCCCCGGCGGCGCUGGCGCGGGGCGACGACUCGGACUGGGUGCGACUGCCCAGCAAGUGCGAGGUGUGCAAGUACGUAGCCGUGGAGCUGAAAUCCGCCUUCGAGGAGACCGGCAAGACCAAGGAGGUGAUCGACACCAAGUACGGCUUCCUGGAUGGGAAGGGCUCUGCUGUCAAGUACACACAGUCGGACAUCCGGUUAAUUGAGGUGACAGAGAACAUCUGCAAGCGGCUGCUGGAUUACAACCUGCACAAGGAGAGGAGCGGCAGUAACAGAUUCGCAAAGGGCAUGUCAGAGACGUUCGAGACCCUGCACAAUCUGGUGCACAAGGGUGUCAAGGUGGUGAUGGACAUCCCCUACGAGCUGUGGAACGAGACCUCCGCCGAGGUGGCAGACCUCAAAAAGCAGUGCGAUGUGCUGGUAGAGGAGUAUGAAGAUGUGAUCGAAGAUUGGUACAGACACCACCAGACGGAAGAUCUCUCCCAGUUUCUCUGUGCUAACCACGUGCUAAAAGGAAAGGACACAAGCUGCCUGGCAGAGAAGUGGACUGGUAAGAAGGGUGAUUUGGCAAGCGUGGGGGAGAAGCAGAGCAAAAAAAAGAGCGGGAAGAAGAAGAAAAAGGGCCAUAAGGUUGAGCGCGAGGGAGCUGCCAGCCUUCCGGACACAGGGGAGGCCCUGGAGGGGGUCCAGGAGCAGGCUCCGCUCACCCACAGCCCAGCUGAUGAGCUGUAGGCACGCAGCCCCCGCCCCCGGGGCCGCCUGCCCCGGGGUUUCACCCCGCCGUGCCUGGGGCUACCAAAGGAAACGGGACUUGUGAGCCGGGGGAGACCGGAGCGCCUGGCCCCGCCUUGCCAGCCUGGGUGCCACGCCGUGAUUAGGUGUCACGGAGCCGCGGACCCAGCCCUGCCGCAUCCCUGCCGGGGGCUCCAGCU